GGAACUUUGGAUGGACACAAGCCGAGACGGUUUCAAGUUCUAAUCGUAUAUACUCAGCACUCCUCGUUUACCACACUCAAUUUUCGUGGAUGAUAAAUUCACGGUAGUGGCCAUGCUCCGAACCUUCUUGCUUCUGGGCCUGCCGGGGCUCGUACAAGAAGCAUUCGGCAAGAACGUGUAUCUCGACUGGAACAUCACAUGGGUUAACGCAGCACCAAAUGGUGUCGAGCGACCGAUUAUCGGUAUCAACGGUCAAUGGCCGUGUCCACAGAUAGACGUCCACAUUGGGGACAACUUGGUGGUAGAUGUCUACAAUGCCCUCGGAAACCAGUCCACCGGCAUCCAUUGGCAUGGAUUUCAUCAGAACUACAAUACCUUCAUGGACGGUGUACCUGACAUAACUCAAUGCCCGAUCAAACCAAAGCAGCGCAUGCGAUACGUUAUUCCGGUCAAUCAAACCGGAACGUAUUGGUAUCAUUCCCACCAAGAAGGCCAGUAUCCCGAUGGAAUUCGGGGACCGAUUGUUGUUCACGACACGGCACCAUUACCUUUCCAUUACGACGAGGAGAUCACUGUCACACUCUCGGAUUGGUACAACAGACAGAUGCCCCAGCUCACCGAAGAUUACGUCUACCCAGCGGACGGGCCGGCUGGACUAGAGCCGUUGCCAGAUGCGGUUCUGUUCAACGAUGCAGUCGGAACCAAGAUCCCAGUCAAGCCGAACAAGACCUACCUCAUCCACGUUGUCUGCAUGGGAAACUGGGCCGGACAUGCGUUCAUUGUUGAGGAUCACGAUCUGACUGUCGUCCGAGCUGAUGGCAUUCUCGUGGAACCAAAACUUGCGACACCUCAAUACCUGCGGAUGACUGUUGGACAGCGCCUCGACCUACUCUUGACAACAAAGAAUAACACAAGCAGGAACUACGCAAUCUGGGACGGCCUUGAUAUUGACGAGAUGUUUAUCCGAGAGAACCGCGCAAUGCCUGAAGGAUACAAUGCUAACGGUACUGCAUGGCUGAUGUACAAUGAAGAUGCGCCCUUCUUACCGUCCCCGGACAUUCAGAUCCAUAACGCAAGUCUGGAGUUCUUGGACGACGUAACGCUCACACCGGUAGACGGCCUUCCGCUGCUUGAGCCAGUGUCUCGACAAAUCGUCUUGGACUUCAACUAUGCCCAGAUUGACGGUGUUCCAACGUACACUAUCAAUGGCAACACGUACGAAACUCCCAAGGAGCCUACCUUGUAUACAGCCUUGGCUGCCGGCAGUGAAGAGUCUUUGGACCCGUCGAUAUAUGGUUCCAUCAAUCAAUAUGUGGUCGAGUAUGGUGAAGUCGUGGAGCUUGUCAUCAACAACAACCACAACAACCUGCACCCUUGGCAUUUGCAUGGACAUGACUUCCAGAUCCUCCAACGUACAUACCCGAACGGUGGUGCUUUCAACGGCUAUGGCAAUAUCUCGGCAGUUCCGUCGCGACGAGACACUCUCAUGGUCGAACCCAAGGGCCAUGCUCCUUUACGUAUCUGGAUGUUUCAUUGCCAUAUCGAAUUUCAUGUUGAAACCCGUCUCAUGGCCGUGAUUAUUGAAGCACCAGACCAUUUGCAGAACCUGUCUAUGCCAGCUGAUCAUAGAGACAUCUGCAGUGGCAAGCCAAGUCUUUUCGCGCCUCUGCCGCCUCUUCCAGGUUUCUGA